AUGCCUUUUAAAAUAAGAGUUAUUCACCAAUGUAUACUUUUAUGUGGGGUCAUUGUAUUCCCUUUACUACAGGCUUUUAAUCCAAGUUACCUUAAAGUUGCCGUCCUUGUUUUUAUGCUUAUUUUUUUGUUGUCAAGUGCUGAUCAGUUGAACAUUAAAGGAUCGUUUAAGUUCAUAAUUUCAUUUUUAAAACUCUUCGGGAAUAAUGUUCAACGAAGUCAAUUGAACUCAUUUUACGAGGAUCAAUCUGAAGCUCAAGUUCCUAUUUCAGUGGAUAAUGUUGAAGCAGAUCGAUCACAGUUUUCGGUGCUGAGCUUGAAUUCAACUGGAAAUAAGUCCUCUUUAAACGAGCGAUCGAGAAAACAAAUAGCUUUUAAAAAUAAAAUGCGUUUUGGAGAUAAUACUUCUCUUAACAUUAAGGAAGGAGCGACGCAACUUAUAUCUUUCUCCACGUGUGAUCCAAGCCCCUUACAGGUUUCUAAUGAUAUCUUACCUGAAGGAUCAGGUUUAAACUUUAAGCCGGCUUUAUCUAAUACUAUACCCAAUAGUGUAAAAAAUUUAACACAGAGUCAACCAUUUCAAUAUUAUUUAUGCUUCGAUGUUGAAGCUACAUGCGAACAAGGUGGUGGUUUUGAUUAUAAGAAUGAAAUCAUAGAAUUUCCCAUUUUAUUAAUUGAAAGUAAAACAUUUAACGUACUCUUUAACGAGAAAAGUUGCUCCUUCUUAACUGAUGGUCCAUGGGAUAUUCGUGAUUUCAUCACAAAACAAUGUAAGAUUUCAAAAAUACACAGACCAACAUACUUUUCUCUUCCAUGGGUAGACAUUAGAACUAUGUUUGCAAAGUUUUAUCAUUGUAGGACUCGAAAUAUUCCUAGCAUGUUAGCACAUUAUGGUUUAAAGUUUGAGGGACAUGAACAUUCAGGAAUUGAUGAUGCAAAAAAUUUAGCAAUCAUUGCCAAGCGUUUAUGGGAAGAUGGGGCUGUCUUUAGGACUAAUCGGAAAUUACAAAGAUAA